CAGUUUUGAAAGGUCACUUUUAAAAGAAUUAUCUUUUUUGCGUUUUUUAUUUGUAAAGAUAUUUCGAAGUUAUUGUUCUACAAGUGCAACAGUGGUAAUACGACGCAAAAUGGAAAAACCAACUGUUACAGAUCAACCGCCUCCAUACUACGCGACGGUACAGCCAGGUCAACAGCCGUAUCCACAGCAGCACCCACAGGCGUACCCACAGCCACAGGCGUACCCUCAGCCACAGGCGUAUCCUCAACCAAACCCGCAACCUGCUCCUGGGGCAUUUCCACCCCCUCCACCCGGAUACACUCCAUACGGGACAACACCACAAGAUCCGACAGCUGCAUUUGUUCCUAACUAUGGAGCAACCCAUGCAAAUAUUAUAAUACAGCCACCAAUCAUAGCAGUCGGUGCUUGCCCGGCUUGCCGAGUGGGCAUCUUAGAAGACGAUUUCACAUGCCUUGGUAUUUUAUGUGCGAUUCUAUUCUUCCCGUUAGGAAUUUUAUGCUGUCUCGCUCUAAAGAACAGAAGGUGCUCCAACUGCGGCGCUAUGUUUGGAUAGGUGUUCUGCUUUUGGGGCUCCAUACUUGAUGAAAGAUUAAAGCAAUCUGGUUUUACCGUCCACGUUUUCUAUGUUUUGUUGUAUGGUAAUAAUGCAAUCAAUUGAUAUUACGUAUCAUGUUAGUACAAGUCGUCCUCUAUUGAGAUUCUGUGAAGAACAACGUUAAGAUCAACAAAAAAAUUUAUAUCACAGUAGUAGGCCUAUCCAUAUCCAGAUUUUAGAGGGUGUAGAGAGAGUUGUAUGUCAUAUUCACCUGUAGGAUCGCUUGAUUUUUCAUAGCAUAAUUUAGUAUAACUCUGGUGACGAAGGCUUUAUUCAUUGGGAAUAGGCAGCUUUAUUUAGCUUUUAUAAGAAUGAAAAGAGGGUACAAACUCAAUUGUAUACAAGACUAAACUAAAUUCAACUAAAAUUCAUUUCAUUCUCUUAGAGUUCUUUGUAAAAAGUUUCUUGAAUUUAUUUAUGACUACAAUGUUUUAAUAUAGUUUGUCUGUAUAAUACGUACCAUUGUACAUUCUUUGUACAUUAAAAAAAACUGAAAUGAUGUUUAAAAAAAAAAAAUUGAAACCUACUCGUAAGAACGAUGAAAUGUAAGUUAUAACAACAAAACAUUGAAGCUGAGUCUGAUAUUAAGAAUAUUUUGAGCUUCUUGUGUAAACUAUCAAGUACGACGUACGAGCCUGCGGCAUAACGUUUACCUGCUCAGACUGCCAUUUUUUUUUUCCACAUAGCAGUCAAAACUAACCUAAAGUGUUGAUUGCCACCAGGUAGUUUCUACUGCUCGUAUAUAUAUUUCCACGGAACAGAUUAAAUCCAGUGGCGUCUCGGCAGCCUCUUUGAUGAUUGUCCAUAGAUAAAUACUUGAUAACUUACACAGUGCCAUAAAUAAUUUGUUUUAAUUUUUAUUCUUGAAGAUUGCACAUCAAUUAGAUUAUCUUUGAUGGGUAAUUUAAUUGUAUGGAGCGUUUUCGGUGCCAAUAAUGUUGAAUAAUUAACUACGAAACUAUCCUUUUAAAUUGUAAACAAAACUGCAGGCUGUAACAAAAUAGAUGCAUUAUCUAUGUAAAAAGAAAUAAUUGUCAUUUUGGCUAAAAGGAUGUGUUUUUUAGUUUAGUUAAGUUUUGUACACUAUUUUUAAAUAUUAUAUUUAAAUCAAUUUGUGUUGACACUAAUUCAUGUUAUGGAAAGGUGCCGUAGACAAACAAAUUGACAUAUAUAUUAUGUACAAUAUACAUUUACAAAAUGUCCCAUUACUUGAGAGUGAAUUUAAGUUUGCUUAAAAAAACAGUACAAAAACAUUAAUUGUAAUACAUUAAAGCAAUAAAUAGUAAUGUAGUGAACAUGUAUUGUGAAAAUAUAACUUCACGAAUGAAGUUUAAAUUUUUGUGAAUUUCCACGUUAUUUUAAUUACCUUCAAGGUAUAAUAAUUAUAUGUACACAAGCAUUUUAAUAAAAAUUAAUUAAAAAGUGUAGAAUUUAGAAAAGGGUUUUGCCAAUAAACGUCUGGAAUAACGUCGGAAUAGUUAUUUAGGUUUUGUCACACUCUGACAUUUGUAAAGUGCUGUGAGUUGAAGUGUGACAAAACACUGAAUAACUAACCUUAGGCUAGCAGGUUGUCAAUUUAGUGUAUUGUUUUUGAUGAAAGCAUUAAUUAUAAAAAAUAACAACCAAAACUAUCUUCAAAUAUAGGUGCGCCCACCUCGCUGUUGCGUUUACCCCUUUUGACCAAUAGUAGGAAUCGCUCUAACCAUAGUGUGUUCUGAUUGGUCAUAAACUUGCACUAUAUCACGGACGUGAGCUGAGAGUAUGUCAGCUAAUACUAAUACUAAAAUUUCUAAUAGACCCUAGAAACUAUAGAAAUAGCUAUUAUUUCUAAUAGACCCAUGCCAAAAUACGGAUUGUCUAAUUUAAGACGGAAGCAUUGCGGUUCUGCUCCCGUCUGCUUUUCCAAAAAAAAUUUUACAAAAAAAAGAUUUUCCACAUGCAGCAUUCUUAUAAAAAUAUUUCCAUUGGCACAUGAAACAUUGUUAAAAAAAAAUUAAUUUCAGACAUGAAAAGUUGUGAUAAGGAUAUCAUUUUCCACAUUAGACGUUGUGACAAGGUAAUCAUUUAGCGAACUAAACAUUGUUAUGCCGAGUAUUUUCGACAUUGUUAUAAAAAAUAUUAUAAUGUCAGAUUCCAUUAAGUUUAGUUUUCAGCAUGGAACAAAAUGAUAAUUCACAAUUUCUCACGUGGCAAAACGUGACAAAUUUUGAAUAGAAUAGCACUGCUUUUAGACCUGUCAAUUUAGAAAUCAAUUGUUUCAUACCAAAUUAAUAUUGUUUAGUGUCUGAAAAUGGUUUUUCGGGGACUAAAUUUUGUUAAAAAGUUUGUUUAAUUCAACGAACUCUAGUUUCACAGACAUAAAAUUCAUUGACGUGACUCGUAGGCCGUAGUCCUAGUCUCAUAGGAGGCACUUCUCUGAUGAAGGUCUCCCUGGUUUCUUUAAGCUUUAGGGCUCAAUUUCAUUCGAACCUUCCACGGUUCCCUACCCUCUACACUGGUUAGUAGUUAUACUUUGCGGUCCUGUAUUCAGCUAUACAGUUUUUUAUUAUCUAUCAUUAGAUAUUUAGGGUAUGUAUUAGUUUGUUUAUGAUUAAAAAAAUUACGUUUUUUCUAAAAACUAUUUUAUCUUUAUUAUUGUAAGCGCCUAGUAUAACGAAUAAAAUAAAUCAAUUAUGUUGUACACAAAACUGGGUAAGUAAAUCUAGUUUUCUUUGUAACAACAAAUUAUGUUAAAAAAUGGCAUUGGAUUUAGUCCCGACUUUUGUUAUUCGUUUUGUGUACAACAAUUGCGUGUUGUUACUGUCAAUUUUAGACUUAAAAAUAUAUAUAAUAAUGGCGCUUGUCCCGUCUGUUCACAAAUAUCUGAACUUAAAUAAACGUUGCUAUCCUUUUUUAACUGGAGCACGGUGAUACCGUCAUACUGAACCUUGUGAUAAUCAUCACUCAUGAAUUAAUUUAAAAAGCAUUCUAUUUUGACACAUGUAGAGUUUUGAUAAGGAUACGAUUUUGAUACAAAAUAAGUUUUGCACAUUCUUCCGAGAAAAAUUAUUAUCUCAUCCCGCGGAAAUAACAUAGUCAAAUAAUUACUGAUUAUUAUGCAAAACCUCACCGCGUUAUUGCAUUUAGUUCGAGCAGAAAAUAACUUAUCUCAAAAACUUGUUCUUUUAAAAUUAAGCAGCAUUUUCAACAGAAGUAAUGUAACAAAUCUGCUCUUUUAUUUAUUUUUAUUUUGUAUAUCUCCUUUUUUGAUUAAUAAAUUUUCGGUAAGCAUUAUAAAGUAUGCAAUUAUAUGGCAAUUUUAAUGUAAAAUCGUUUUUUUUAAUUCAAGAUCCUUUAUUUAUUAAUUGUUUUAUGAAAAACAUUGUUUUUGGAAACGCUGCUAAUUUUGGUUUGCAAACAAUUAGUUUCAGUGUUAGUUACGCCGUUUAAAACUAUCAUAUAAGUAAAUGUAGUAGUAAAAAGUAAAUAUAGUCUUUGAUACUUCAAUGGGAGUAAACUUUCGGUGACUGAUGACAAAAGAACAUUCCUUUAAUCCGAAGAUGCGAGGGCAUAUCUUCGACUUAAAUUCUUGUUUGGUUUUGUUUAAAUUUCAUAACACUAUUUAACCAUAGGCACCUUUUUAACCAAUGCUUUUAUAAACCACUUUAAAACGUGCAUCAAUUAAAGAAAAGAAACAAAUUACGCACGGAAGACGUUAUUUUCUUUGGCGUUAAUCAUAAAUUUAUCACAGAUUUUUACAGAAAAGCGGUUUUAUAGUUACGCAAUGUUUUGUCUCCUUUUCGAAUGUAUAAUUACUGAUGAAAUAUAUGAAUGGAAAUAAAUUUUAAGUAUGAAAAUUCCCCGGUUAAAAUUAAGUAUGAAAAUAUCGAGUACGUCAUGAAGAAAUGUAAUUCGCAAUUUUGUGUUGGCGGCCAUCUUGGAUUCUCAUUAAACAUAGCUAAAAAUACUUCCGACUAAUUGACCAUUCAAACAAGAAAAUAAAAUCAAAAUCGUUUCAUACACAACAGAUAAACAAAUUCCAUGUUGUUUUUUCAAAGAAACGUCUAAUUUAAUUGAAAACGGCAAACGUAAUGUGAUAGACGAUUCAAAGCUUUUAUCGUUAAUGAUUUCGUAUGUAAUGUAUUAAUUAUUACAUAUACUUAAUGAUUAUUAAUAUAAGCGGCCAAAUGCCUUUAUAAUAUAAGGAAGAUGUUUAUUAUAUUCAUAUAAAUGUACCUAUAUUAUUACCUAGAUAUGUAUAAAGUUAUAUCUAUCAGAGGUUACUAGGUAUUGCAUACAUUUAUACUAUUGAUUUGUCAAAUAAAUUUUAAAAAAGCAA